AGUGUCACAAUAUGGCUGCUGAAUGUCUCGUACGAAGACAAAGGAGCGUUGAGUGUAUGUAUACAUAGUUAACAUUUGUUGCAAAAUCUUUCAUCAUGGCAAACGAAUAUUAAAUCUUUAUAUAUUAUUAUUAAUAGUGAAUAAAUAUAAUUCUACUGCUGUGCAUUUUAUAAUCUAAUUUCAGUGUCAAAAGAACAAAAUAAAUCCUAAACAUUGGCGACUUGGCUUCUGCUCGUAUUGUUUUAGGAUUAUGAUGUUGAUAUAUUUCCAAAUCCUACUAACCUUGCCGAUCCAACUUGAAUCAGAUCCACCCCAUGUUUCUCUGGAAAAAUAGAGAAAAUCAGAACUGGCUAGGGAAAGCAGCCAGUAUUUCCACUGCUACCGGAAAAUGGCUAAUACUAUAUCGAAUAUGAAGAUCAAUAAUCCCCUCAAGGGACUUGUCAGCAAGAAGAGAAAACGUUACAAGGAAGAUGGAUUCAAUUUAGAUCUCACAUACAUACAGGGCAAUCUGAUUGCUAUGGGAUUUCCCGCGGAAAGGUUGGAAGGGGUUUAUCGGAACCACAUCGAUGAUGUAGCAAAGUUCCUGGAAUCGAAGCACGAAGGCCAUUACAAAAUAUACAACUUGUGUUCUGAGCGUUCUUACGAUACAAACAAGUUCAAGCAGAGAGUGGCGCAUUAUCCAUUCGAUGACCACAAUCCGCCCAAGAUUGAGGUGAUCAAGCCAUUUUGUGAUGAUGUGGAAAAGUGGCUUUCGGAAGACCCCAGAAAUGUUGCGGCUGUGCAUUGUAAAGCUGGAAAGGGUAGAACGGGUGUUAUGGUGUGUUGUUAUAUGCUGCAUAGCAGGCUGUUCUCAUCAGCAUGUGAUGCUUUGAAUUUCUAUGGCCAGAAAAGGACAACGGACCGAAAGGGUGUUACGAUACCAAGCCAGCGAAGGUACGUUGGCUACUAUUCCGACCUUAUUCAAGAGAAUCUUGACUACACACCUGUAACGCUUCUUAUUAGGGAAAUAAGGCUGGAGCCUUUGCCCGCAUUCUUCAACGGAUGCCAAGGAAAUUUGAUGUUUGCAAUAUAUGAAGGAUCGAUAAAAGUAUAUAGCUCAGAAGUACUUGAAGUGAAAAAGGGGUCUACAGACUUCAGUUUUCGUUUAGAUAAGUGCGUUAAAGUUUGUGGUGAUGUUAAACUUGAAUUUUUUAAAGAGCCAAAAAUGAUGAGUAUGCGGAAGGAGAAACUUUUCCAUUUUUGGUUCAACACAUUUUUUGUUCGAGACGAAGUACCUGAUCAUUUUGAAAAUGGAAAUUGUGAGUUGCCUGAAAGAGCCAGUAGAGCACUUAGUUAUGAUGAACACUCAAAUAGUACACAACAACCACCCUUGAAUAAACCAAGGGCCGGAUCUCUUGUAACUUUAGGAAAUGUAUCUAAGUCACUCAUCCUAAGGAUAGGAAAAUGGGACUUGGAUGGCGCACACAAAGACAAGGCUAAUAAAUUAUUCAGUCCCGAUCUUAAGGUGAGCAUACUGCUGCACCGCGUGCCCUGCACUGAAGACGUGUCGGCGUCGACCGAGCCCUGGAUCAACAACCAACAGCACCUCCCCCCCUCCCCUCUGCAGAACCGCACCCCCUCCGAGUCCUCAGAGCCCGAAUCAAGCGAAGGAUCGACAGCAGACGACGAAGACGAGGAAGAAGAAGAGGGCUGGGAAUCAGUGGGCGGGCCGGAAGACGCACGCGUCGGUCGCUACCGACUCCUGUCAGACUCCUGCCCUCCUGACUUCCGGCAUCCCGAACUUCAGUCCUGAUAGAUUUACGCUAGAUGGUCAGCUGCUCCAUUACCAUUACGAGUCUCCAACACAUCUAUCACUUGUAUCAAUAUCUUACUUAUUCAGUCCAACUGAACAAAUUUGUGCUGAAAUGCGUUCACAUUUCACUAUGAUAGUACAUUGUAAAAUUAACAUCAAGGCUAAUUGCAUACUGAACGAGCUGGGUUAGUUUGUCUCUUGAUAUUCAUCUUCUCUUUACUUACUCUCUCAAUUCGUUCCUCCUCUAAACACGGACUUGUUCCAUAUUAGAGGAGUGUUUUCAGGGGAAUGUAUUGUUAAAUGUACACUUUCUGAAAAUAAAAUGAAUUCAAUGUAAGUAAGUGUUGAAAAAUAUAAUUUUUGAAUAAUAAUUUCUAACAGCCGUCUCGUUUUGGUGACUGUAUCAUCAGAAUUUUUCUCUACUACUAAUAAUUUGUUAUAUUUAUAAAAGUAAUGUAAUGUUUUGCUGGUCAUGCUCCUUUAUAGACCUUUGACUUGUGCGUGGACUAAUAAUUUAUUUGUCAUUUAUUUAUUGGGGAAGUUUGUUCUAUUUCAAAUUCUCUGUGGUUAAUGCUAUCAGGUAUUCUAUGAAAAUUGAAACUGGUUUCAUACAUGUAUAAUAUUGAUACUAUAAAGUCUUACCAGAUAGAAUUCUAUAUUCAGAUUAUUAUUCUAUAAUAUCAAAAAUUAUUCUAUUUUCUAUUUACAGAAAUAUUAUAUUAUUCGGUAUCCUCAAAAGAUUUUUUUCAACAACAAUCAACACUAAUUUAAUCAAUAUUCAUUUAUUCAGCAUGGACCUUUUUUCGAGAGAUUAAAUUGUAAUUUAUACGAAUUAGUAUACUGGUAGUACUAGCACUAGUAUUUGAACAAGUUCUUUUGUGUAGAGUAGGCCUACUAUGUACUCUUAUCCGUGAAAAUUGUGAUUCCGUGCUUCGCUGACAGAAAUAACUUGUUAAAAGGCAACUUGUUUUAGUAUUUUAAUAAUCAUCAACUUUUUUAACCACGCAUAAGUCUGCGGCUCAUAUGAAAAUAAUUCAUAACAAAUGAAAUUAUUGAUAACUUUCGCGGUAUGCAAUAGCUAGUCAUGGUGAAGCAAAACAUUGCUGAAAUAAUUUAGUAUGAAAUGACAUUCUGAUAUCUGCGACUGUCUUACGUUUUCAGGCUUAUCCACUAGUCCACAUCCAAUACUAAUGCUGUGAUUUCAAUGUGGCAUUUCUGCUACUGCUAUCAUCUCUCACCUCACCUCAUUACCCACCCACGCACAAUUCAUAGACUUCCCAAAAAUUACUAGUAGAUGAAAUUUCCAAUGCUUCAUCAGGUUCAUCAUUGCAAACUUGAAGCAAGCAACUCAGAGCUUCUAGAUUUAAAUUAAAAAAAAAAGUUGAAUCAAUCAUUUUGGAAAUUCCAUGCGUUUCCUCUUUCUUAUUUGCUCGUUCACCUCACAGCUAAGCUCAAGCUGCAUUCUAUGAAAAAUCAGAAACAAUCAAAGUAAUAUUGUAGUUGUUCUUACUAAGAUUGAAGGAAUGAUGGAACCAAGCAAUUAUAAAACAUUCAAUCUUUUUACUUUUAUAAUUUGACCAUAUUUGGUCUUACUAAAAAGUAACUUCAUCAAAUUAAUUUUUCGAAGCUCAAAUCGACUCCAUUAUAGGCUAUGUAAUAGAGAAAAGAUUGUACAAUGGUAUAGGGCGUUUAUGUUUCAAAUUUCACUGUUUGUUCAAGCCGAUAGUCCACAUAGUUGUUUUUGGUGAAGUUACGUGACGCUGGUAGUAUCUCAUACUGUUAGAAUAGUCGACAUUAAUCGGCUUAAACAGUGAUAUUUUGUGCAUUAACGCCAUAUAGCAUGGGAUAUCACCUCAUGUUCUCUUUCCUCUCUUUCCAGUAUUUUAAAUUGAGUUUAUCUUCAAUAAAUGACUUGAUCACAAAGUAUCUAUUGUUAAGCCAGCACCUUCUGUUAGUAGUGGAUAUCCCCAUUGUGAUUAGUGUUUGUUCGAUUGAAUUCAAGUUGAAAUUCAUUGGGAAUUUGAUUUCUUUUAAUUUUUAGAAAGAGUAAUAUUAAAAGUGGAUUGCAAGACAGACGCAGUUUUAAAAUGUCAAGUUGUAAAUGUGAAGCAGCUAUUAAGAACUCAUUCGAUGUCAGAUACUAAUUCUAGAAUGAUUCUAAUUAUCCUCCCUUACAAAAGGCAAUGUUAAAAAUGAUGUUUCAAUCUAAAAUCUUAAGUCUGAUUGCCAAUUGCUGAUUGUCAGUGAAAUUUGAUUAUUUUCAUUGAUGGUACAUGUACUAUGUACAUUCUUAUUAUGCUGAUUUUCAUUCUAUUUUCCAGAUUUAAAUCGGAUUUCUUGAAAAUCUUGAAAUUAAAUUGUAGUAUUUCUAUUUGCCAGUUUCAGAGCAGGUUCGAUCUGCAACUUUCUUAAUUUUUCCUUUGAAUGGGAGAUUUUAAGUGUAGCAUUUAAUUGACAUUUUCAAUCAUUGAAAACUAGAAAGUUACACGCAUUCAUCACUUUGCUAUUGCUUUUAUGCAUGAAAUGAUCUGACCAACUUAUAGUCAAAAUGCCUUUACUUAUAUGAAAAAUUAGCUUUAAUGACGAAAAUAAUGUACUUGGAUAAUACUCACUCAAUUUUCUAUCCGAAAUGUGUUGUAAUGAUAUAAUUGUCAGAGUCGUUCUAGUGCUACAAAUUGAUAUUAAAUUUUUGUAAGAAUGUAAUAAAAAUUCAACAAUAUAUAUGUUUAGUAGAAACGACCUUGAUUUUGGUCUAUUCUUGCCACUUAUCUUACUAGGUCCAAAAUAUUUUAUGUCGAUACACUUAUAAUGUAAGUAAGCUUUAUCAAGAAUUUUAUAACUAACUUGCUGUAAGUCGCAACUAAUGGCACAUAUUGAUGUAUUUAUGGGUAUUUGUACUAUGUCCCUUUGUUUAACGGAGAAAUAUCAACUCAUUCUACUGUGAUAGUAAUGCUAUUUAAAUUAAAUCAUGGACACAUAUUCAGUAUCUUUGUAUUACUGCUUUUUGGGCCUACCCUCCAAUUUCAUAUGGAGUGAGAAAUAUUCUUUGGUGAAAUUACAAUCUAGCUCUGGUUUCACUUCAAAGUCGAAUAAAAAGUAAUUACCGAUUGAUAUUAGCUGGAGUAUAUAAAAAUUAUUCAUGCAUAAAUUAAUUACUCAGUUUUUUAAACAAAAUUGAUCUCAGUAUUUAUUUUAUUGCAGACUUCAUUUUUGCAUUAUCCUGACUUGUGAGUGAAAAUUUUAUUUUAUCAUUGCCAUAAUCCAACCGACUCACAUUUUCAGUAAUUUCUAGUAAAACUGACUCACCAUACACAUUGAUUCAGUUUACUUGGAGUCUCAAAACAAAACUACUAUGUAGAAAAGCCCUUCUAACUUUCGCUUGUCCUUGUUUUAUGUCUAUAGCUUCUUCCACAGUUUUCUUGAGGCGACAGACUUGAUUCAAGAUGAUUUCAGCAUUUAAAAUUUGGUACAUAGUACAAACUACUCAGUUUGAUUGUUCAUAAUUUGUUAGUGUAACCAUAAAUGUUGUAGACCUUCCAGUAACUACGUUUUUCAUAAGCAUCUCAAUGAUUUUAAUAAAUAUUUGCGAAAGAGAAUUUGUGCUAUGCUAGAACGAUGAUAAUUUUUGCAGCAGCACAUUUGAAAUGAAAUAUGCUUAGGCAUAUUUGUUGUAGUUCCUGUAAUUCGAUUGAGGAGCCAGGUGUUACUGAAGUAGCCUAACGGUUGUAUGCCUUACAAGAUGUGCGAGUCAUGGUCACUGGCCUGGUCCGUUAUGGGUUGUCAUGGUACAAACUAGUUUUAAACGUGAAUGACAGAUGUUUGUAACAUUUUAGAAUAGAAUUAUAUGUUUUAUACUUACUGAGUAAUAAUAUAGCAUUCAUCGUCUACUAGGUUCCACUAAUAAUUAUUGUCCACCUGUACUUGAAAUCGUAACUAUUUCAAGUUAAUUUCAGAACAAUUAUUUUCUACUCGUAUUGUUGCAGAAUACUUCUGUUAUUGCCAAAACUCAAAAUUGAAAAAUAAAUAUACUUUGAAUUGUAUGUAUAUGCAUUAAACUUGUUCUACUUUGAAAA